AUGACCAAGACCAAGGGCGAGAAAAUCAACAAAUCCGCGAUCAAUGAAGUCGUGACCCGCGAGUGCACCAUUCACUUGGCCAAGCGUGUCCACAACAUCGGCUUCAAGAAGCGCGCGCCCCGCGCCAUCAAGGAGAUCCGCAAGUUCGCCGAGCGGGAGAUGGGCACCACCGACGUGAGGAUCGACACCCGUCUGAACAAGCACAUCUGGUCCAAGGGUAUCAGGUCCACUCCAUUCCGCAUUCGCGUGCGCCUGGCGCGUCGCCGUAACGACGAUGAGGACUCCCCCAACAAGCUGUACACCUACGUGACCUAUGUGCCGGUGUCCACGUUCAAGAACUUGCAGACCGAGAACGUCGAGUCCAGCGACGACUAAGCAACGUAAUUGACGGCCAACAUAAUACGGUUAAUAAAAAGUAAUUUUUAUUUAGAAAAAACAAA